AUGAAUGAAAAAAUUGUUAUUCAAGCACCCCUGUUUGUUGUGCCCAAUGAAAACAAAAGUAAUGUACUAAAAUAUGAAAAAGAUAACAACUUUAAUAAUAAUCGAAAUGAUGCGGCAAAUUUAGCUAACCAUAUAUACACAAGUUUACCCUAUAAAGCAAAUGAAAGAGAUAAUGAUGAUAUAAAUGAAGAAAUACCUUUAAAUUUAAAUGAAAAAGAAAACAUGAAUUGUUUUCUUAAUAAAAAAAGUGUUAGUUUUGCACUAAAAAAUAAUGAAAAAAAUGUGAUCCAAUCUUAUAGAAAAGGAGAAAUAAAUAAAAGUUAUAAUAUUAUGGAUAAUAUGUAUGAUGUUCAUUAUACAAAUAAAGGAACCCAAAAUUUAAAUGAUUAUCUUAAACAUGUUAAUGUUAAUAAUACAGCACCAUGUAUAGGAGAAUUUCGAACAUGUAUGAAUUGUUUUUUAAACAUUUCUACAUUAUUUUGUAAAACUUGUAAUAAUUUUUUAUGUGCUAUUUGUAACAUUAAGUUACACAAAAAUAGCCCCAAUCAUAUUGUUAAUGUAUGUAACAGUGGCUUAUAUGAAAAUAAUUAUAAAUAUAAUGAUAUCAUAUUAAAAGAAAAAGACAAAUGGCUAGUUGAAUUAGAAAAUAAUACACCAAUCAAAAUUAGGGAAAAAUGUAAAAUACAUACCACUGAGUAUAUAAAAUAUGCAUGUAAAACAUGCCAAUAUACACUCUUAUGCACAGAUUGUUUGCUAAGUGAUCCUAUACAUGCAAAAAUCAAAUCAGAGAACAGAGAAUUAGAUGAAUCAAUGGAGUCGAUAAAAAGCUUAGAUCAAAGUAUGAGCAAAAAUGAUAAUGAUAGCAUAGAAGAAAAAAGAAAAAACAUUCUUAAAAUUGAAAAUAAUUUAAUUCAAGAAAUAAAUAAUAACUAUCUUGAACAAUCUAAUUCAAAUGAUUCUAAAUCGAAUGUCAAUUUUUCCAAUAUGCAAACUGAUCAAAAUAUAAUGAGUUGUAAAUCAACCAAUAAUAAUGAAGUAUACAAAGAGAGUGGAAUUGUUCGAAUAAAUAAGUGUGAAUACGAAAAAGAUAAGAAAGAAGAAAAAAAUGAUCAACUUGAAAAUAGUAAUAAACAUGAAAUCGAAAGAUUAAAACCUGGGUAUAAAUUAGUUAGAGAGAAUCAUGAGAUAUAUACAUUAAUUGAUGCAAAAAAUGAAAUAAAAGAAGAGUUAAAUAAUAAAUUAGAAAUGUUGUCAAAAAAAUCUUUAGUAUUAAAAAAUACUAUACCGUCAUUAAAAAAUAUUUAUAAAUAUGGUAAAAUAACUUGCAAAAAUAAUAAAAGGUCUAUAAGAGCUGGUUUUACUAUUACAAAUAAUUGUCUUGAAAAAAAAAAAAAAGCUUUUCAUGAGCAUUUAAAAAAAUUACAAGAUAAAAGUACAAACUUUUUAAAAAAAUUAGAUGAAGAAAGAAAUAAAUAUCAAAAUUAUUUAGAAAAAAAAAAUAAUGAAAUACAACAUAUGGUUAAGUUAAGUAAUAGAAAUCCAGGAUUGUCUUUAGAUUAUUAUGUUGAUAAAUUAGAUUCAUUUAAAUGUUUAUUUUUUACAAAAGAUAAUUUAUUAGAUAUUGAAAAACCGUUAGAAAUUCCUCAUUCACAAUUAAAAUCAGAAAAUAUGUUUUCAUUAAUUGAAAAAAAUAAAUUAGAAAUAUUUAAUUCUAAAAAUCGAAUAGAUGGAAUAUCUCAAAAAAUACAAGCAGAGUUUCAACGUUUGUUUAAUAUAAAUACAGAAAUACCAGUAUAUCCAGCUCAAUUUAAAAACUUUUUACAAAAAAGAAUGUACAAUAAUCAAAAAAUAGAACCAUCAAAUGAUGAGUCAGAAAAUUUACCUAUUUCAACACCUACUAGACGACAAAAAUAUUUUAAAAUACUUCCCUUUACUUAUUUAUAUAUGAAUAUGGAUAUAACAUAUCAACAUAAUUUUAUGAGAAAAGACACAUUACAUCAAAAAUGGGAGUUAAAAACAGUUUCUAUUCGUUCAGUAUAUUUAUGUAUCCAUACCCAUGCAAAUAAUAUACAAAAUGAACAAGCCAUUGAUAUUAGACAGAUUAAAGAUAAGCAGAAAGAAAGUCAUAUUAACUCUAAUCUUGAAAAAGAAGAAGUAAGUGAAAGUAAUAUGAAUUCAAAUAUGUAUGGAAGUAAUAAGACAGUGAAUAGUAUGGCUAACGAUAUCGAGUCGAUUAUAUGUCUUACUAAUGUAAGAGUAAAAGAAUUUACAGAUCCAGAUAUAACUAAUAUAACAAUUUUAGAAAAACGGAAUAAUCCUUAUGGUAUAGAAAUAACAGAAUAUAAUGAUAAAAAUGAUUUGGUUGGUUAUUGGCUAUUAACUAAUGAAAAUAAAUCUGAAAUAAAAAAUUUAUUAGACAUAAUAAUUGAUAUUAAAAAUAAAAAUAAAGAUAAUACACCUAUCCCAUCUUUCCAUCCUAAAAUAAAUAUGAAUAAUUCAUUUUUUAAUUAUAAUCAAAAUAAUAUUAAUACUAUUUAUAAACAUUUUGCUUCAAGUAUUGAUGAGGAUUCCUAUUUACAUUUUUUUAAAAAUUCAAUAAAUUUAAAAUCAUAUGAAAAUAAUGAUUAUAUAAAAAAAGAGGAUAUUGAUCCUAUAGAGGGAAGUGAUAAUGCUAGUAUUGAAAUAGGCAAUAAUAUAAAUUUCCCUAGUUUAAAAUUUUUACAAACACCAGGAGAUAAUUCCAAAAAUUCAGAUUUACUUAGUCACCAUACAGAAGGGGAAAGUAAAAAAAGUGGAUCUGGUACUCGAUUAAAAAUGCAAAAAGAUGUAGAAAACAUAACAAAGGUUGAAAAAAUAAAUGAUUAUGAAAUUAAUGAUAUUUUUUCAAAUGAAGAAUAUCAAAAACAUGAAAAUUCGAAUGGGAUGAUUGGUGAAGAAAAUACAGAUGUCGAUUCUAAACUUAAAAAUAUAUAUGCACAAAUAUUAGAAAAUAAAGAAAAUAAAGGAACAAUUUUAAAAAAUUUAGCUGACAAUUUAGAUGUAUGGGGAAAUCGAAGUCCUGAUACUAGUAUAAAUAUUACAAAGAAAAAUAUAAUUAAUGAAGAAAAGCAUUAUCUCCCUUUAAGUAUAGAAUCAAAUUUUUUAAGCAACUAUUUAGAUGCAAAUCAUUGUAGUAAUGGCACUAUAAAUAGUUUAGCAAUUAAUUCACUCUUAUGUGAUAAUAUAGUUGGAAAAAAAAAUGUCAAAGUAAGCUCUACAAAAAUUAUGACUAAUGCUGAUAUAGUAAAAAGUUACACCACUCAAAAUGAAGAAGAUGUAAAUAAAUUUUUACAAAAAAUAAACAACACAUGUAGUGAUACAUCAAAGGAGAAAAUCGAUUUGGUUAGUAAAAAAAGUGAGGAGUCAAUCGAAAUAAAUAUACAUAAGGAUAGUCCACACGAAAUAAAUGAAAAAGAAGACAAAACUAAUGAUAUUAUCAAUACUAAAAACAAAAAUUGGAAUACUUCAUAUAAUAAUAACAACAUAAAUGGAAACGAACUUUUCAGUAAAGUUCCUAAAUUAUUUAAGGUUAAACAUUCUGAUAAUAAUACAAUAAAUGAUGGAGAUACUAAACCAAAUAAUGUACUGGCUAUCGAAAUGAAUAGAUUUUCUGACCAAACAAAUUGCGAAGAAAAGAAUGAAGACACUAAGGAGGUUCUACUUAAUGAGACAAUUCCAAACGAGCAAACUAAAAAUAAUAAAACAAACAAGAUGGAAAAUACAAUAAGAAAUGCCUCUAACCAUAAUGAAACAAAAUAUUAUUUACAUGAACAAGAUAAAAAAAGUAUUAACAAGCCUAAUAACAAAACUGUUUAUAUCGAUAAAAAAGUAAAUGAAGAUGCUUUGGGCAUUGAUAAAAAUGUAAACGGAGAAAAUGAUAAAAAUAUAAAUAAAUUACAAAAUAAUAAAAAUAUAAAUAAAUUGCCAAAUAAUACAAAAAUUAAAGAUAAACCAAUAUUACCUUCAUGUAUUAAAAAUAAUCUAACUGUUGCUAAAAAUAUAAAAGACGGAGAAAAAAAAAUAGAAAAUUUAUCUAAAAAAUUUAUAUCGUCAUUUGAUAAAAUUCAUAAAAUUCCUCCUCUUGUGAAAAAAAAAAAAAAUGCAAUUUCUGAAAAUCCUAAUAAGUUACAUAACAAUUUUAAAAACGUAAAAAAUAAAAUGAUAGACGAUGAAUUAAACAAUCAAGUUACAGAAACUUUUAUCAAUCGAGUUUUAAGUCAAAUAGGAAACAAAAAAGUUGGAGCCUAA